AUGGCUCUCCUCAACGGCUACAACUUGCUCAGCAAAGCAGGGCGCCAACCUCUGAAGCAGGUGUUGGCAGGGCAUCGACCUUACCUGGCGGUCGUUGCGUUCGACUGCCGCAUAUGGUUGCCAUUGACGAAUCUCAGCCCGGAGCAGGCCUGGGACGAACUUCGACGGGGAGUCGGGCGACGAGCUCUUCACUUGGUUCGUUGGAUCUGCCGGGAGCAGGACCGAGCCGGAAGAUACUACCUCGUGGAGAAUCCAUGCGGCUCUGCAGCCUGGGUCUUUGAAGGUAUCCUGGGCAAGUUGUUGGAGCAGGCGCACGGCAAGUUCCUUUAUGGUGACCAAUGUCGUUUUGGGAAGAGAGAUUCUGAGAGCAAGCGGCCUGUUCGAAAGAGGACCGGCUGGCUCAGCAACUCCGAGUCCAUCCUGAACCAACUUGGCAAGCAAUGCACUUUGCCGGGCAGUGUCAAGGAAGAAGAACCGGCGGAGGACGAAUGGAGGCUCGAGGGUGGAGAUCGACUUCUCCGGCUUCACCGAGUUCCCCGGCGGCGGCUCUUCUUGCCUUUGUCUUCGACCGCUCCACCAUGCCCGCUGGCUUCUUUGCAGAGCAGGCGGCGGACAAUGAUGGUGUUGCAAGACGGCACCCGGCGGCGAGAGCGUGUCGACAACUGGCACGAGGCAUCCUGGAAUCCGCACGGCAUUUCGAUGGACCAUUUGUGGACAGGAACUACGGAGUUCCUGCUGCAGACGGCGGGCACGGCUUUGGAGGAGGAAAUCCAACAGCAGCGCCAGCAACAACCACCACCAGAUCAACAUGGGCACUUCGAUGGGUCAGCCGCCCCCUUCGAUUCGGCAGCCUACCCGGAGGACCACUUGAGCGAUUACGAGCCAUCACCCGUGGAACGUCCGAGUGACACUGUUGGGCUUCUAGAGUCGACUUUAGACUACGUGCAACAGGAGGGUGGCCCUAGAUGGAACAAAAUCAACAUCGACACCGACUUGGGGAAGGCAUGGCUCUCCCUGGAGGGUGGCAGCGCAGAUGUUUCCUUGAACCUUAGUUCCACCUCAGCACGGAGACUGAAGAAGCCACAGCCACACGCUGGACCUCACGAUGUUCCACUUCGUCGUUCCUACUUGCUGCUGGACGACGGCACCGUGCUCACUACGGAUUGGGAGGCCUGGGGCACUAUGUCGCCAGCAUCUCAGGUUCGGCCUUUGGUUGCGCCGCAGAGACGCCUUUACCUGGUCCUGUUCGGAAAGGAGGUCGGCGAGGAUGACGCCGGCGAUGAGCCCGACCAACUUCAACAACGGGAAGAAGCGCGAGAACGGAAGUGGCAAGCUUUGCCGAGAGAGCUGAAGCUGGCGAUCAAGCGUGUGCGCGAGAACCUUGGGCACGCCAGUCAGCCAGCGCUUCUCCGAGCAUUGAGGAUCGCUCUGGCGUCCGAGGUUGCCAUUAAAGCGGCACGUCUUUUCAGAUGUCCUGAAUGUCCGCGACUUCGAGAACCUCGACGCCCAAGACCAUCAAAACUACCCAUUGCGAAUGAAUUCAACAUUAUGAUUGGCAUCGACAUCUUCAACGUUAAGGACUCAGCAGGUGAAUCCUGGACCUUUCUCAACACGUUGCGCCAGGGUACCAGCUAUCAAGUUUGCACCUUGCUUGGCGAGACGCACGGCAAUCCCACUGGACGAGUCGUGCUGGAAGCUCUGAACAGCUCUUGGAUCAAUUGGGCUGGUUAUCCCGAGAGGGGGAUAGUGACCGACAGGGCGAAGUAUUUCCUGGCAGAGCUUGCCGAAGAUUUCUGGACACGGAUGCCAGGUCGAACCUGCGGCUUCGGCAUCACCGUGGCAACUUGGACAGGUCGAGAGGCAUGGUGCGAUAUGGAAGCAGACCUUCAAGAGAGCGGCCUGGUCGCAGCAAGUGGCUGGUUUGCAGGAGGUCCAGGCGUUGACCGUGGCCACCAACCAGAGCAAGAACUCUUUGACAAGGAAAUCCGGCUUUUCGCCGGCCCAGUGGGUUCUUGGGCAAGAUAUCCGCCUGCCGGCAGAUCUGGCAGACGAUGCUGA